UAAAAACACAGAAAUGUACAGAAAAGUUCAGGGAAAGUCCUCUGAGCUGCAACAACCAUCUCAAAUGUUGUGAUGCAAAAUAUUCUCAAACACCUCAGAUCUUCACAUCCCACGGUGUCACGUCACGUUGAAGGACGUGCUGACGUAACCGUCUGCCCGGAGCGUGGCGGGGGGCGUUACCAUGGCAACACACACACACACACACACACACACACACACACACACACACUGAGAGAGAGGGACUUGAGUUGUCUUCUCCAGUGACACACACACGAAACGUUACUCCAGUGUUUACGCUGAUAAUGGAAGCUCAGCGAUUUAAACGAUAAAGGAAUUCCACACAAGUUGCUAAUGGAGCGCUACGAGUCUCUGGGUCUGGUCGGGGAGGGCAGUUACGGCACCGUGUUGAAGUGCCGUCACAGAGACUCCGGCCGCCUCGUUGCAAUCAAGAAGUUUGUGGACUCGGAUGACGACAAGACGGUGAAGAAGAUCGCCCUGAGGGAGAUCAAGCUGCUGAGGCAACUGCGUCAUGACAACCUGGUGAACCUUCUGGAAGUGUGGAAGCGUCGCCGCCGCUGGUAUCUGGUGUUUGAGUUCGUCGAGCGAACACUUCUGGAUGAUUUGGAGCAAAACCCGAGCGGACUGGACCUGAACACCAGCAGGCAGUACCUGUACCAGAUCCUGAGGGCUGCAGCCUUCUGCCACCAGCAACAUGUCAUCCACCGUGACAUCAAACCAGAGAACAUACUCAUCUCUCAGGGGGGCGUGGUUAAACUGUGCGACUUCGGCUUCGCCCGGACCAUGACAUCGUCCUCUGAGGGGGGCGUCUAUACGGACUACGUGGCCACUCGCUGGUACAGAGCGCCUGAACUGCUGGUGGGAGACACCAAGUAUGGCAAACCUGUAGAUGUGUGGGCGGUUGGUUGUCUGUUGAUAGAGAUGUUAACAGGUCAGCCGCUGUUUCCCGGAGACUCCGACCUCGACCAGAUCUAUCACAUCGUCAGAUGCUUCGGUAACCUUACGGCUCAUCACCAGGAGUUGUUCUACAGGAAUCCUGUGUUUUCUGGAGUCAGACUGCCUGAAUGUUCUGGCAGAGUCCCACUGGAGGAGCGCUUCCCUACAGUUACCACCACCGCCCUGGACCUGGCACGGAGUUGUCUCCAGAUGGAUCCAGAAAAACGAACUCAGUGUUCAGAGCUGUUAGAGCAUCCUCUGUUCACACAAGAUUCUUUCCACAUCAGGGUUUUGGACGAGCUGAAUGCUAAGAUCCAAAAAGACCACAGAGAAAACUCCACCCUUCCCAAAAUAGCCAAAACCCCAAGACGGGACAAGGAUGAAGGGGAUGACAAGAACCAAAGAGGCAAAGACAAGAAACAAUCAGAGGACAUGGAUGUGAAAGUCAACAAGGAAAAGGAGAAGAGAAACUAUGUGAGUGGAGAGGAAAAAAUACAGAAAUCAAAAGGCAAGCAACCUGUAAAGACUCCUAAGACCAUUGUGAGUACCUCAGAAUCUUUGAAUUUUAAGCAAACCAAAACAUCAGGCACCAAGAGUAUCGAUCAUGCAUCAAAAAUGACUGUGGCUACUAGAAGUAAACCAGGAAAAGCCAUUGGUACAGAGCUCAGAAAGGAACCUGAUAUUUCUAAACUUUCUAAAGGCCCUACUUCAGAUUCACUAGAAGCUUCCAAGACCACAACAGAUCAAGUAGGUAAACCCAAAAAAAGUGGUAAAGUUGCUUCUCCAGAGUCAAGGAAGUGCCAUUCGAAAAAUAUGGAUACGAAAGACAGAGAUUCGACUGGCUUGAGUUCUAGUUGCUCUGACAAAAAUGUGUCGAGUAGGACUGGGAAAGGUGUGAUGGAGAUCUGGAGGUCUAAAUCCGAGCCAAGUCAAAACUUCGGGAAGGGCCAGGUCAACUCAAGCACAAAAGUUCCCCAAUUGUCUAAAAGCUCAACCAAUGACCAUCCAAAUGAGAGUCCAUCUCGAAAAGCCUCUUUGAAAUCAGCCAUUGAUCCUGCAAGCACAAAAUUAACACAGAAUAUUAGUAAAAUAUCCUCUACAGAACACCCUGAAGGUGCUGCAACAGACAUUUACGAAGCAGGCUUGACACUAAAAGCGUCUCAUCCAUCAAGCAGUGACCACACAGAGGACGCCACCUCAACUAUCCCUGCUGUCACCAAGCACUGCAAGACAAAUUCUACCUCAGAGCAUCAAAACAAUCAUUCAAACAUAGACACAGAGCCAAGAAGGACCUCUGAAUGUCCAAAUGUCUUACCCUCAAACCUCAAACCAUCUAAAAUCACCUCAAACUUUGGCCAAAAAGUGACCACAACCAAAUCAUCCUUGUCCACCAGCCUGUCAAAGACUCUUACCUCAGAUCUUUCAGAGCCCAUAUUCACAGUUUGUAAAGAGGCCAGUCCUGCUCACAGCACUACAACACUACCUAAAGGAACCCUUCAAAUGGGCUCAUUUUCAGAUAUUAAACCCGCAUAUGACACAAGCGUACCCAACAAGCCUUCCAGGGACCUUCCGAUGGACCCAAUCAAAAAUCAUCAGGAUAGUUUAAAUGCUUCAAACAAGGACACCAAGGAGAAUCCUGGAUGCUUGAAGAUGAGUCUGGUGACCAAAAUAGCUGCAGACCACCCUGGGAUAUCUAAGUCUUUUGAGCCCUGCAGCAUCCAUGAGCAGAGUGUUUCCAAGCACAAGAUCACCACAGAAUCCAGAAACUCAACCACCAUACCAACUGAAACCCCUAACAUCAGCACACCAGUUGGGACCACUAUCACUAAAACUUUGAAAGCCUCGGAUAAAGAGAACAGAGAGGAAUUUGCACUUUCUUUGUCCAUCAUUGCAACAACCAAAUCUUUGGUGAAUCAAACCUCAAAGGUUUCUAGAAGCAGAAAUAUUGAGCAAAAGAACAACAGCAGUGAAGAUGAACCUAACAUGAAAUCGUCAAACCCCUCUCACUGCAAAUCUUUGACCGGAGAACCGAAAGCAAAGUUUGGAUCUUUUAGCACCACCACAAUGACUCAGAAAACAGCAUCUACAGAGGCACAGAAGAAAACAGGGAACCCUGAAAGGAAUAACACAACAAAUAUACUGACUUCAUUCACUUCUACAGUGAUUCCAGACCACAAGACUUCGACAAGAAGCUCUGUAUUUCAUGACACCACAGACAUUAACGAGUUUGAUUUAUGCCAAUUGCAUUCCUCUCCACCACCUCCUCCUCCCCCUUCCUCAACCCCUCUACUCCUUCCUCCAUCUUCCACACCCCUUAUCCCGUCCUUCUCUGUCGUCAGUACUGACAGCCCAGUCUCCAGCGAUCACCUUAACCUCGGGGUGAGCUUCCAUCCUGGGACCCACAGUGUUUGGUGUGUGGACAACCCAAGGCAUCAGGGUGGCAUUACUAAUCGGCUGGCCCAACAGUCUCCGUCCAGCUGCAUGACAGGAUCAUUCACUGCACAGGUGUCACAGAAGAGUCUGAUCCCUGAGCGUUCCUUCCUGUCCGACCGCUGUAACCAAGGUAACAGCGAUGGCAUGACAGUGGCCAAAAGGAAGUCGGACGUCCACUUUCCAGAUCUGAGAAGCUCGGUGCUGCCAGAACUCAGAGGGAGAGAAGCCUUCUGGCUGCUUCAUUGCUUUCAGAUGAGCUUUGAACCCUGCGAGGCUGAGGGAUAACUCUGGGUGGAGAACCUCCUGUGUGGCGUCUGCUGUUGGCCAGGAGUAAAGCUGGCAUGACAGCAACACGCUAAUGAAUAAUAAAGACAGGUCCAAUCAAGGCAACAGUUGAUCUGUCACGCUGCAGAUUAAAAUAAGUUUCUAAAGGUUAAGAUAAAGAUUCUCCAGGUUGAGGUGUUCGUACUCACCAAGAUCCCAGUCGAUGCUCUGAACUCUGAGGAAGAGGACGAUGAAGACGGACAGAGCUGUCCACCUGCAGGACAUGACUGUAGAUGGAGUGGACGGCAGCUGAAUGGUGAACAGUUGGAGUCGGACUGCAGACUGACUGAAGACGACCUGUGGUGGAGGUUAAAAAGGGAGUGAAGAGGAGGGAGGAGAAGUGAAGGAAACCACUGGUGAUGUCUAGACUGGGAAGUUCUGUCUGAGCUCAUCUGAUGUGGUUUGUGGUUGAGGAGUUGCAACACAGUUAAUCAUCGCUGCUUUUAAAAAACUUACUAGUACAGGGAAGGUUUACGGAGCAGCGUCAACCACCAGCUCCACCCUGCUUCACCACACAUGUUUCACACUGUGGUCACCUGGGAGCCGUUUUCCAUUAUUGCAGAUUACUUUCCAGAAGAUCUGUCUCAAGUUUACAUUGAUAACUCUUAACAACAGCAACGUGGAGCUAGGCUGCUAGCAAAGUAAGCUAACUGGCCUUAGUAAGUUAAAAAACACAGCUUCAGACUCAUUAGUGUUUGAAAAGGAAAAUAAUGCUGAUGCUAAAUGUGGCCACAUAUAUUGUUGUGCUAAAAGACUGAGGCUGAAGCUAACAUCCUAGGUAACAUGUUAGCAUACUUGUUUGCUGACAAUCCAUUUAGAACUAUUGCGUAAUGAUUCAGAAAGUGUAAAAUCAAACUAUAUGUCACACAAUUCAGCUGCUUUUAUGUCUGUUUUCAAACUGUAUGGUUUUACAUGGUGGCUAACGUUAAGCUCUGUUAGCAUCUGGACACAGCUUCCAUUUUGUGGUGUAAUGCUGCCAGAUGUUAACCAGCUUUAAUUCUUUUUUUUAUGUUGCUUAUAUUUGCAGUUCUUUGGACAAAGCUGCGGUCAGAUUAAUCUGGAAGUAACUGAAAAAUAUUAACUUUCUUUGGAAAAACAUCAUAUUUCAGAUUGUUCUGUAUUUGCUCCUGCAGACAUUUAAUUAUACAUUUAUUUUUAGGUUAAUUUAUCAAAAUAUGGAGGAUUCUUCCCUGAUAUCAGUGUUUUGAUUGCAGUAGGUUUAUUUAGUGACUCAGCGUGAAAUAACUGUUUUCAUUUACACCUUCACAUCAGCUGUUUUGGAGGUUUCU